ACGAUCCGCAUCCGGGUCAGGCAGCACCUCUGGCUGUCGGAGUGUGUGACUGGCGGUAGUGCCGCGCCGUUUGCGUUCUCUUGCCGGUCUGAUCCGCCGAAGUGCUUGCAGGCGGGGAGCCCCCGCGGCCUUGCGCUGAGAAGGACGGGCAGGGGACCUGGGAGCGAGCGGCGGCCGGGCUGCGCCGCUCGGGGGCGGGCUGGCGGUUCUGCUCCUUCGCUCGCUGCUGUCUCUGGGAAGCGGGAGCCAGCCCUGAGGAGUCCUCCGCAGGCAGCGACCCCCUUCCCCGGCUCGCCUGCCCGCCCCGCCGGGGAGGGCGGAAGAUGCCGGUGAAGAAGAAGAGAAAAUCUCCUGGGGUGGCAGCGGCAGCGGCGGAAGACGGAGGCCUCAAAAAGUGUAAAAUCUCCAGCUAUUGCAGAUCCCAACCCCCUGCUAGACUAAUAAGUGGAGAGGAACAUUUUUCAAGCAAGAAGUGCCUGGCUUGGUUUUAUGAGUAUGCAGGUCCUGAUGAAGUUGUAGGGCCAGAAGGAAUGGAAAAAUUUUGUGAAGACAUUGGUGUUGAACCUGAAAAUAUUAUUAUGUUAGUUUUAGCGUGGAAAUUGGAGGCUGAAAGCAUGGGAUUUUUUACCAAGGAAGAAUGGUUAAAGGGGAUGACUUCAUUACAGUGUGACUGCACAGAAAAGUUACAGAACAAAUUUGACUUUUUGCGCUCACAGUUGAAUGAUAUUUCUUCAUUUAAGAAUAUUUACAGAUAUGCCUUUGAUUUUGCAAGGGAUAAAGAUCAGAGAAGCCUUGAUAUUGAUACUGCUAAGUCUAUGUUAGCUCUUCUCCUUGGGAGGACAUGGCCACUGUUUUCCGUAUUUUACCAGUACCUAGAGCAAUCAAAGUAUCGAGUUAUGAACAAAGAUCAGUGGUACAAUGUGUUAGAAUUCAGCAGAACAGUCCAUGCUGAUCUUAGUAACUAUGAUGAAGAUGGUGCUUGGCCUGUUCUUCUUGAUGAAUUUGUUGAGUGGCAUAAAGUUCGUCAAGCAUCAUAGCAAGAAGUAUUGUGAAGAAAAUGCAAACCUUUUGAUCCUGACGUGUGUACAGGCUAAUGAGAUGAGGGGAAAAAAAAACCUAAGGGGUGCAUUUUCAUUCAUAUGAAAGACUUCUCAUAGUACUUUUUUUUCCUUUUUUUUUUAAAGGAAGUUUUCUUGUUACAUGUUAUGGGCAUUGAGCCACACCUCUUCUGAGACUGAAUAUUGAAGUUUUUGUUUUGAGUUAUGUUUAUAACAUUUAUUUCAGAACAAUAAAGAUUCAGAUUUGUGACAAAGGC